AUGGGCUCAAUACAGCAGCACUUUCAAGAUGCCCGACUGGAGCGGGCAUGCGACGGAAUUUCAGCUUUCGAGGUCGCCAGUCUUUCCACAGAUGACCUCGGUGCACCUCUGACACCCGAGAUCGUUCUCUUUGCUUGGUUCAUCGUCCUCUUGAGAACCCAAGAAGACGGCCAAGUGUUCUUCGAGUGGGCGAGUGAAAAUAAACAACCAGCUAGCCUGCGCGCAAAUGAGGUGAUGCAGGACUUAGAUAGCAAGGCUGAAGAUGUCGUCGCCGCGAUAUCCCAGCGUCCCCUUCUUCAUGUCGAAGCAAACUUUAGCGAUGGCCGCCUUGACGUGUAUCCUGUCUGGCGCAGCCACAGCAUGCUUUCGUUCACCAUCGCGCGGUACACGCGCGGCCUGGCAGAUACCGUCAAGAUGUAUCUUGCGGCCCCUGACGCAACCAUCCAGAGCUUGCUCGUUCCAACACAACACGACCUCGACCAAAUCUGGGGCUGGAAUCACAAGCUACCGCCCACUUACAACCAGUGCAUGCACGAGAUCAUCGCCGAGCGCGCAAGACAGCACCCCGACAAGGAGGCCAUUUGCUCGUGGGACGGCAGCUUAACAUACGGCGAGAUCGAGCGGUACUCGACUGCCCUAGCAUACCGCCUGCGCGACGAGCUUGGCGUCCAGCUGCACGAUUUUGUGCCUCUCUGCUUCGAAAAGUCGCGCUGGACCAUCGUGGCCGUCAUGGCUGUGAUGAAGGCCGGCGCCUGCAUGGUCAUGAUGGACCCCAGCCUGCCCCUGGCUCGCCUGCAAAACAUGGGCCAGCAAGUGGGUGCCAAAGUCAUGGUCUCUUCACUCAGCCAACAAGAUCUCGCGCGGUCAAUUCUACCAGGUGGGAAACAGAUCGUCGUCGAGCCGUCCAUCUUCGAAAACUCGCCAGACGAGAAGGAACCCCUGGCGCCUGUUCCCCCAGACGCCCUCAUGUACAUCAUCUUCACGUCAGGAAGCACGGGUACUCCAAAAGGCGUCAAGAUCUCGCACUGCACCUACACUAGCAGUGCGUAUCCGCGCGCCAAGGCCGUUGGCUACGCAGACGAUUGGCGUGUUCUUGACUUUGCGUCCUAUGCCUUCGACGUCAGCAUCGACAGCAUGAUGCUGACCCUGGCCAAUAGCGGGUGCCUGUGCAUUCCUUCCGAUGAGGACCGCCUUAACGACAUCAACGGCGUGAUGCGUCGCAUGCGUGUCAACUAUUGCGGUAUCACGCCAUCGGUGGCCCGCAUUCUCGACCUCGACGUCAUCUCCUCCCUUAAAGGCCUUGGUCUCGGCGGUGAGGCCUGCUCGGCGCGCGACGUCAAUUACUGGGGCCAGAAGGCCCGCAUCAUCAUUGGCUACGGGCCUUGCGAGUGCACAAUCGGCUGCACGGUUAACAGCAGUGCCGCGACCGGUCGCGACUACAUCUCGAUCGGCCCCGGCAAUGGUGCGGUCAUCUGGAUUGUGGAUCCCAACGACCACGAGACCCUGAUGCCGCUUGGUGCCGUGGGUGAACUGCUCGUUGAAGGUCCCAUCGUUGGCCAGGGCUACCUCAACGAUCCCGACAAGACGGCCGCCGCUUUCAUUAACGACCCCCGCUGGUUGACGGCGGGCCACGGCCGGUAUCCCGGACGCAGCGGUCGUCUGUACAAGACUGGUGAUUUGGGAAGAUACGACCCUGACGGCUCGGGCGGCAUCGUUUUCGUCGGCCGCAAAGACACUCAGGUCAAAUUACGUGGCCAGCGUGUCGAGCUCGGCGAGAUCGAGAGUCAGCUCCGCAUCAGGCUUCCCUCCGACGCCAACAUUAUCGCCGAAAUCAUUGUGCCGCAGGGUUCAUCCCAAGGCCAGGCUACGCUCGUGGCAUUCGUUGCUCCCGGUUCUCAAGCUCCUAAGCCCCAGGACACGGAGAUCGAACUGACUCAGCUGCCUGAGCAUCUGGUAGCAGCGCUGUCAAAGGCGGAUGCCGAGAUCUCCAAGGUGCUGCCUCGUUACAUGGUGCCGACCGCCUACAUUCCUGUCAACUACAUCCCGAGUCUGAUCUCGGGCAAGACUGACAGGAGACGGCUCAAGAUAUUUGGCACCAAGGUUGACAUCAGACAGCUGACCGCCGAGCAGGUCGCCGCCCCUCGUGAAGCGGCCGCUACCGACCGACCGCUCACCGAGAUGGAGCAGCGUCUGCGCGAAGCCUGGGCUUUUACUUUGAGGCUCGACGCCGAGAAUAUCCGGCUCAACGACAACUUCUUUGCGCUUGGCGGCGACUCACUGGCGGCUAUGAGGCUGUCGUCUGUUUGUAGAGAGCGCGGGCUCGACCUGAGCGUCAUCAAGACCUUUGGCAACCCGACCCUAUCCACAAUGGCCGCUGUUGUCGUGUCGCUCUCCAACUCUCAAGCUGAAGAAUGCAAGCCGUUCUCCCUGAUCAACCAGCCAGUUGAGGACUUGAUUAAGGAGGCAGCCAAGGCGUGCGGCUGCAAGGCUACUCUGAUCCAAGACAUCUAUCCCUGCACAGCCACACAAGAAGCGCACAUAACACUCUCGCUCAAAUCUCCCGAGCCUUAUGUUGCGCAAAGAGUGAGUUGCAUCCCGUCGCACUUCAGCGUCGAGGCCUGGAAAAAGGCGUGGGACCUCGUCAUUACCGACACUCCUAUCCUCCGCUCCCGGAUCGUCCAGUUGUCUGCCCAUCCAACCCUCCUUCAGGUCGUCAUCAAUGGACAGAUCCCCUGGAAACACUCGACAGCAGACCUCGAGGACUUCUUAGUGGAAGAUAGAAACGACAGGAUCAACCUAGGCCAAGCCCUUGCCCGUUGGGCCAUUGUCGAGCCGGCCGGCACGGAGACCCGGUAUAUGGUUUGGACACUGCACCACGCCGUGUAUGAUGGCUGGGCCGAGCCUUUGGUCCUCGACAAGGUCCGAAAUGUCUUGCGUCAGAUCGUCGAUGGUGCCGAGGAGAUCCAAGUUCCUACGGCGCCCAGCACUAUGGCCGAUUUCGCUAAGUUCCUGCACGACACCGACCAGAUAGCCAUGAAAGAGUUUUGGCGUCAAGAACUUGAGGGUGCCAUCGGGCCCCAGUUCCCGCGCGUGCCCUCCAGAGACUUCAUUCCCAACCCCGACGUCAUUGUCGAGCGCAAAAUUUCUCUAUCAACCAGCGCGGCCAAGUUCCCCUUCACGCUGGCCACAUUGAUCCGCGGUGCCUGGGCUUUGGUCUCGUCUCGCUACUCCGGCAACGACGACGUCGUCUUUGGCGAGACGCUCACUGGUCGCGACAUCGCGCUCCCUGGCGUCGAAGGUAUUAUUGGUCCCCUCAUUGCAACUGUGCCGAUCCGUGUGCGCGUUGACCGCCAAACCGCCGUUGGCGACUAUUUGCAAAAGAUUCAGCAGAGCGUCCUCGCCCGCACCCCGUACCAACACAUGGGCAUGCAAAACAUUCGCAAGGUCAGCCGCGACGCCCAGUAUGCGGUUGAGGCCCCGUCUGGCAUCGUCAUCCAGCCCGAGCCAGCCGAGGAGCUGGCCAAGGAACUCGGAUUUGAGGUAGGCGAUGUGGUCCGCGAGGCCAUCCACUUCAACCCUUACUCCUUCAUGCUAGCAUGCGGCAUUGUUAAGGACGGCUUGAGGGUAUGCGCGAGCUUCGAUAGCAGAUUGGUCUCAGUUGCCCAGGUCGAGAGAAUCCUCGGCCAACUCGAAACCGCGUGCCUCGAGCUCACCAAGGACCUCUCCCGCAAGGUCAACCAGGUCCCUUACCUGCCUCCCUCUGAGCUGAACCAGAUCUGGAACUGGAACCGUGAGCCGCCCAUGUUCUUUGACAGCCGCUCUGGCCAGCUUAAGGUCAAUUCGAGUGCCGUUCAACCCGGUCAGGCUUUCCAUGCUCAGGCCACCAUCCCGUGGGUGUGCGACCUGCACAACCCGACCAUGUUGGCGCCCAUUGGUUGCCCUGGUGAGCUCUGGUUGGAGGGUUGGUUCCUCACUGGCGAUACGGUUGUUUAUUCUCCCGCCUGGCUGGUCGCAGGCAGUCCCGAGGUCCCCGGCCGCAAUGGCAAGACUCAGCCGACGGGCGCCAUCGUCAAGUUGCAGGAGGACGGAAAUCUGGUGUUUAUCGGAUACAAGGACUCCGAUUCUACUCAGGGCCAGGCUGUCGACGUGACAGAGCUCGAAGUCCACAUUCCGACCCAGCUCCCGUCGAUUCCGACGGCAGCUGUUUCCACAGGUCGCCAAGUUCUGCUGUUUGUGGAGGACCAGCAAGGAGAAAAGACCGUUGAAGUCUUGUCCGGGCCCCAAACGAUUGCCGAGACAACAAUCGUCGGCACAGUUUCUGUCACGCUCGCUAGUCUGCUGAAACGCUUCGACAAAUUCGUCCAGAACUCGCUCGCCCCCCAUCUGCUGCCCUCGGCCUAUGUGGUCGUCGACAAGCUUCCAGUCUCCAACGGUCGCGUUGACCGCACCCUUCUGCAGCAGGUUGCCUGUAAGAUCUCCAGCAACACUGUGCAAGCUCUCCGGGCUGGGUUCCAGACCGCCUGGGAGACCAUCACGCCGGUGCAAACAACAACGACGGCCGCUGAAGACAUCCUUCGCCGUGCCUGGGCGCACAUUCUGCGUCUUAAGGCCGAGAAGAUCGACACCAGUGACAACUUCUUCCGGCUUGGAGGGGACUCCGUCCUGGCCAUGAAACUGGUGUCGCACCUGCGCUCCGAAGGCCACGGCCUGACGGUUGCCGACAUCUUCCGCAACAUGCGGCUCGCCGACGCGGCCAAGGUGCUCAAGGUUAACCAGUUUAACCAGGAGCUGCCGCAGGGCAAGGUUUACCAGCCGUUCGCACUAUUGGAUGUCGACGCGAAGGCCUUUGUUGCCGAGAUUCGCCCGAAACUGGCCGACAAUGAGUGGACUGUGAAAGACGUCCUCCCGGUCACCGACUCUCAGGCUCUCGAUAUCCGCGCUACGGUCAACAAGCCGCGCACGUCAGUCCAGUACACCUAUCUCCUCUCCGGCCCUAGUGGCUUCAACCGGGCACAACUCAUCUUUGCCUGUAACCAGCUCGUGCGCGCAAACGACAUUCUACGCACCGUCUUCAUCGAGCACGAGUCAACGUUCUUGCAGGUCGUCCUGGAGUCUCUGGAAGUUCCUGUCAUGGAGCAUACCGCCUCUGAUGAUCUGGAGCAGUCUGUGCGCGAGCUUUGCAACGCUCACGCCGAGUCCGAGGGGGCGUUUCGUCUGGGCGCUCCCUUCCUUCACUUCUUUAUCGUCGAGGGCAAAGAUGGUCGUGAGGGCUUCGUGAUUACGCUAUCACACGCACAGUAUGACGGUGUCUCUCUGCCAAUCCUCCUCCGCGACCUUGAGGCCAUGUACACCGGCUCGUUGACCGCUGGAUCGGUGCCGUUCUCCUCGUAUCUUGCUCAUACACGCGAUGAGGUUGUCCUGUCCAAAGCUGUCAGCUACUGGAGCAAGCUUCUCAAGGGCUCUUCACUCUCAAUUCUGGAAGGCCAGUCUGUCCCCGCUGGCAAGGCCCUCUUCCGCACCAAGACCAUCGAUGGAGCCACGCAGCUUCCUCAGCACAUCACAACGGCUAGCCUGCUUUCGGCUGCUUGGGGCUUGGUAUUGGCUCGCCGGCUCAAGACGAUGGAUAUCUCAUUUGGUGGCAUCACCGGAGGCCGGACCAUCGACAGUAUGCCGGAUGCCGAGAAGGUACAGGGCCCAUGCUACCAGUUUACGCCAAUUCGCAUCCCGUUCCAGAGCCAGUGGACUGCUUCCGACCUGCUCGAGUUUGUCCAACGCCAGAGCGCCGAGUCCAUGGCGUACGACUUUGUAGGUUGGGACGUCAUCUCCAAGAAGUGCACCGACUGGGCAGCGUCGGGCCACACUUUCUUUAACUCGAUCGUGCACCAUCAGGACUGGGAGGACUUUGACGAGAUGCCAUUCGCGGGCCAGUCGUGCAAGGUCGGCAUUCUCAACCCGCACGGUGAUGCCGCGUAUCCGUUGAAGCUUGUGUCGUUUGUCAAGAAAGGCGUGCUGAAUGUGGGCGUGGUGGGCAGCGAGUCGGAUGAGGAGCUGGUCGAGUCAUUGCUAAACGAUCUCACUGCUGCGAUCAGCGAGCUGGCAGCUUCGCCAGAGAGUUCGCUGUUCAAUGAAGCCCCUGAAGUAGUUCAAGUCGAACUAAGACCGGUGAAGGAUUCGCCCCCGUUGAUACAAGCCACAUCACGCCCGAUCUUAGGCUCGAGUCGGAAGACGAAGUCGAAAUACAGGCGUAGACUCACGAGCCUCGAAAACCUGUGGAGAAACAUUAAGCAGAAAGUAAAGCAUCACUAA